GUCACUCGCAGGAAUCUUUAAAGGGACCGCCGCCCAUAAAAAAUGUCUCAGUACUCGCCAUGAACGCAGUGAAGACGCACUCUCCGACACUUGUGAUGGCUGAUAAUGACAUCGACCAGCUCCCCCUCGGAUGGGAAGUCAAAAUCGACCCUCACACUGGAUGGCCCUUUUUCGUGGAUCACAACAACCGGACGACAACCUGGAAUGACCCGAGACACGACACCAAAAAGUGUCGAGAAGUGUCAGCGAAUGGGCCCACCGUUCCAGCAGAACCAACUCCUCAGGAGCCUCCGAAGACCUUUGUGAGGGAGAUGAAGCACCCCAUUCUUCGUCCCGGUUAUAUACCCAUCCCAAUCGUCCAUGAGGGAUCAGACGUGAGGCAACCGCAGCAUCCGUGUUACUCUUACAUCCAGCCAUCAUUUGCACAGAACAUCGGGACGGAUGUGCAGACUCCGGCGUCUGGGCUCCACCACGGCAGACCCAGAUCGCCUUUACACGGACCUUCAGACAGCUGCACCACUGAGCCUGGAAAGGCCAGCUCACCAGCUUCACCAGUCACAGAGAUUUACCCUGCCUCCCAUCACCAACCGCCACGGUCCAGCAGCACCGGCCUGCAGCUCGGUUACAUCCCCAUCCCGGUGAUCCACGAGGGUGGGGGGGGCCAAACGCAGCCUCAGUUAAACUCCUCGGUCUAUUCUCAGCGCAUUCCCUUCUCGGACCACCGUCACCAGACAGAAGACUGGCCCGGCUUCUCUGCUGCUAUGCAGCCCCCCAGGGAGAGGGCUUCUCCAACAAUAUUCACCCCCCAUCGCGACUCUGCCUCUGUUCACCUCCCACCUCACGUCAGAAGUCACUCUCCUAUUAAAACGCAAGUGAUGGGAGAAAGACCACCGGCUCCACAGCGUGUGCUCUCAAAAGACCCGCCGCAGAAAAUGGAGCAGGAGCAACAAAGCACGCAGCAGAAACCUGAGAACACGUCAUCUCCUCAAAUGCUACACACCAAGGCCGACAUCCAAAAGCCUCAGCCGUUCCAGCAGGCACCGCCUCAGACUCCGCCUCCACAGCAAGAACAGUCGCAGCAACAGAAGCACCAAAAGCCGGAGUUUCCUCAACAUCACGUGGCGGACAUUACAGUUCAAAUACCUCCAAAACCGGAGUCCCAGGACGGGAUGACCACACCCCCAGAGGUGCCGCCUGUUCAGGCAGAGGCUGAACAUGCCGGCCAGUGUGCUGUCCACCCAGGCUUGGCUAAGGUGCAGCAGAUCGUUGAAAGGGUGGCUAAACUGGAGCAGGAGGUGAAAAGUUUUAGCGGAAAGAAGAACGAUAAGAAGUAUUUGUUAUUAGAGGAGCUUCUGACCAAAGAGCUCCUAGCUCUUGACUCUGUUGACCCCGAGGGCCGUGCAGACGUACGGCAAGCAAGACGGGAUGGAGUCCGACGAGUGCAGAACAUACUGGAAGAACUGGAGCAACUGGAGGAGCAGCCCAUGGGACCCGCCAGUGACGUGGAGGGACACGGCCUGACUCAGAAAGGAGAGGCCGGCAUGAUCACUCAUAAGAAUGUUGAGACGGCGAAGGAGAUAUCCUAGUGACUGCACCGAUUUUCUAAUGUACCAGGAGAAAUGGAUCAUGUGCUGUGUAUCUGAGCAAGUUGCAUGCAUUGAUUAAAGGUGUCAGUUCAGCACACAAUUACCGAUCGCUCAGUGGAUUCGUGUUGUUCAAGCCAUCGUUGUUGCCUUCUAUGUUGCGCCAAUGUCUUCACAAAAAGAUCAUCGUCAGUGAGAUGUUGACAACAAGCACUAAGUGAGCUGAAGUUUAAAAAAAAACGAGGCCUUUACCAAACAGACGGAAGACAAACAAAAGUAUUUUCCUAAGAGCUCUUAUUUGUGGUCGUCUUUUGUCUGAUUAAAUGUUGUUCGGAGCUUUUCUUUUUCAGUCAGCAGAACGUCACUUGGUACACGAGUAGAAGCGGUGGGACUUUAAACCCGUCAACAGACGAAGAUGUUCUUCAGAGUUGGAACCGCUUUGUCUAAAAUGAAGAGAAAAGCUUUUUUAAAGAGUGGAACUAGUUUACCAGAUGCUGCUUUUGGGUGCAUUGCUGAUUCAGCCGUUUUUGCACUUUGCCAUAACAGAAAAUAGAUCCUGCUGAUAAUCGGCAGCACGUCGUUUUGAACCACGUCACUUAGACACGUUUUGUUUUUGAGUGUUUGUAUGUGAAUCAGUCUACUUGCAAAUUAUGAUAUCACUAUUUAUAUCACUGAGUAUUUUGGUACAUUUAUGUGUGUGUGGACAAGCGGGGUGAGAUGCACAGCUACUCGAUGCGAGACAAUCGGCACCUGCUGCUAAGCUGGAGUCCUGUUUAAGACUGUCAGAAUGUCCUUGUACAACUACCAAAGCCACAAUCUUUAGUCCCACAAUAACGGCCUCAAAGCUUUAAAACCCCUGCGAUCGCGCCCUUGCUCAGACACCACAGUUUCAGGUUUUUAGAAAACAAAACCGCUUUUGUGAUUAUCUUAAAGCUCUGAACCAUGUUAUGAUAACACUAACCGUGUAUGUUGUGGGUUUUUUGUCACUAAGAUAAGAUUGUAAGCCAGCUGAGAGAUCACAAAGUUUGGAUUAUAGUUACUACCUAGUUCACUAAUGUUAUUAUUGUUGUAUCCAUUUUUCCUUGUUGGCAAACAUCAGCAAAAUCUGUGGUUUUUAGUUUAGUUUUUUAAGGACGUUUUUGUCGUUUUGUGUUCAGUGAGAAGUGAAUUGCCACAGAAUAAACUACAGAGUAUACGGUCCACCAUGUUUACUCCCUGAUUAAAAAAAAAUCUAUAUUUUA